CAAAUUCGCCACAUGCACUGCCCUGAUUCGGUAAUGCUCAUCGAUCUUUUCUUAGGCUCUCACCAUGGACCUCGAGAUCUUAAAAGGUCUCAAAAUCACUGACGACAAGGAGAAGAUCACAUCGAAUCAGACGCAGGUGACAGAACAACCGAAACAGCCUGAACACCUAUUCGACAAACUUUCUAAUGCAUUCAACGGCGCCGAGCAUAAAGUCCCACCUCCAGUUGCUGCACCUUUAGCAGAACCUGAGCAUCAAGGACUGCUCGACAAGCUCAGCCAUGCCGUCGGAGGAUAUUCUGAACCGCCAAAACCACCUAUCCAUCCUGUUGAGCCAAAGCAUGAUGACUUUCUCACGAGAGCUUCACAUCUCUUCGGCGAGAAACCAGAGCCUACUCCCCCUCCCCUUCCUUCAAAUCCCAAUCAUGGAAACCUUCUCGAUAAGAUCACCGAUGUUCUAGGCGGUGAUCGUCAUGAAACAGCGCAGUCUCCAACUCCACCACCUCCAGAACACAAGAAUAUCUUUGAGAAAAUUGGCGAUGCUUUGAGUGGAGAUAAAGAUACCCCCCCACCACCGCUACCACAUCCAGCAUCGAAAUCCGAAGGACUCUCGGAUAAAAUACAAGCUGCUUUGCAUGGUGGUGAGCAGGAAACGGUAUCGCAGACGGAGAACAAGGACAAGAAGGAUAUCUUUGACAAGCUCGGGCUGGGACAUCAGCCUGAACCGGUUCCGCCCAAAGAGGAAAGUUUAUUGGAAAAGAUUGGUUCAACUUUCAAUCACGACGAACCUCCAAAGGAACCGACAUUCGGGGAGAAGAUUGGUAGUAAACUCGGACUUGGAAAAACGGAACGUGAAGAGGAUCACUUGGACAAAACUAUCGAUUUCAUUCAGGAGCAUGUUAUGCAGCAUGGAGAUCAACAUAAUGAGGGACGAUUUGAGCAGUGGAAAGAUGACCGUAUUGCGAAUACGAUUCGUUCGCAGUAUCAGCAUGCUACCGGGCACGAGUUUCCAGGUUUGAAGGAGAAGAAGUAA